AUGCAGAUGCAAGCGAAUGUACAAACAUCCCAAAUGAUGCAGCCAGGUAUGAACGUCUCUGGGAAUGUUGGAUUGCAACAGCCUGGCAUGUCAAUGUCGAAUUUUCCUGCUCAAUCAGGCUUCGAACGACUUGGUUCUCUGGUCGGCAACAUGCAGGAUGGCUUCACUAGGACUGGAAGUUCCUUCAACUCAGGGUUCGACCGACUGGGAUCCAGCUCGGGUACCUUCGACAGAGUCCCUUCUGCAGUGAACCCCAACAACUUUGAGAGAUUAUCAUCAGCAGUCAAUCAGAAUCAGCCCAUCGACCGGCUGACGUCGAUACCGCAGAACACUUUUGAAAGAGUGGUGUCAACUUCACAUCAAGGGCAGUUUGAGAGGAUAGGAUCAGCGUUUCCUAACUCUCAAGGCGGACAAUUUUUCAACCCCGGCUUUGAUCGCUUGGGAUCCAUAUCUGGGUUUGACCGUCUUGGAUCAAUAAGCAUACCAAAUCAAAAUCCUGUAGACAAUCUCAAUGUCAACAACAUGAAUGAUCCCAAUCAAAUGGGAAAGGGAAAUAUCUUUCCCCUGCAGAACAAUAUGGGUGGCCAAGGACAAUUCACCAGGACGCCUUCGAUUGGAAUACCAGGACAGUUUCCGACAUGGCUCGGAAACUCAGGACCAGGAGCAAAUGUUUCCUCCAUCAAGCCUGGAGUGGGGAAUUCCGCGGGUGGACCGAUGUCCAACCCAACUGGUGCUGAGUGGGGAGCUUUGCAGCGGACGAUGAGCAGUGGCAACAAUGCUUUUGGUCGAACAGCAUCGAGUGGAUUCAUCAUGCCUGGCGACUUUGGUCCAGACAAGUCUCUUGCACCGUGGGAUACGGGUAUGGGCAAUGAUGGAAUGUGGAUGGGAGGGAUUCAAAACUUUCAGUCGCACAUGCCUCCGGGCAUGCAACAACCCUCCAUGCAUCAUUUUCCACAGCAGGGCAUGCAGGACCCGCAGAUGCAACAGAUGCAGGGAAUGCAGAAUCCUGGAAAUCUUCAGGUUCCCUUUCAGAAUCAAAGCAUGCCAUCGAAUGGCUUGUACAACAACAUGGGGGAUAAGAUGGGCAUGCCAAAUGAUGAUUUCGAAGAUAGAAAAGGAAAGAAGGGACGUAAACGAGGCAAAGGUGGAAGGGAUGACGAUGACGAUUCGAAUGGCAUGCACAAGAGCCAGAAGAUGCGUGGGGAUUCGGACAUGAACGAUGGGGUCGGGGGAGACGGAUUUGAAAAGCACAAUCAAUUUCUAUGGGCCAAACGCAUGGGGCAGCAGAACGAGCCUCGUUGGGGGCUGUUCAAACAGGGAGGGAGCGCAGGGCCAGCAUUCUUGAAGCUGUUGGAGGAUCUCGAGAAGGAUGGAGUGAUUGAGAGACACUUGGAUGCGAGAGUGCCGGAGAAUCUUGGAGGUGUGUGUGGAUGGACGGUGAAGGAAGGGAUGAUGGACGAGUGGCAAAGGAGACGACAGGCAUGGUUCAUGGAGGGCAAGGAAGGAAAAGAGUACAAGCCGAACUCUCUCUAUCAAAUCAUGAGGCGGCUGGGCUACUUUCCUACCAUGAGGAGCAGCCGAGCUGGCCAUGGACACGACUUCGAGGGGAGCAGUGUUUUCCGAUGGGACCCGGACCGUCGAUAUACGCAGAGACGGACAAAAGCAGGCGAAGGGAAGGGUCGCGUGAUGGACUGAGACAGGAGCUGCUGCUGUAGAUGGGGAUGAUUGAUCUUGGAGAAGUUUUAUAUCCCUUGCUGUUUCACAGGGACUGGUCUGUGAAUGCGCCAUGUGUCGAUAUGUUGCAUUUUAAUGAGUUAUCAAGAUUGUAACCUAAAACUCCUC